AUAGCCAUCUUGUCAGGAGAGAGGGAGGGAGCUGUCGGCGCUGUUAAGAUUAUCACUUGUUUCAGACGUUUUGAGGUCUGUUCGCUCUUCCACUAUAGAUAGUAACAAAGUAAAGUGUUCUCGACGGACGUCUUGACGCCAGAGAAGUAGCCGAGUGAAGUAGGUGCGCUUUCGUGAAGAUGUCUCGUUUACUUGUACCGACGUAGAGGGGGAGUGUGCGGCGGCAGCCACUUGGCUUGAAUUGUUAGCUAGCUCAGCUCAGGGCUGCGGGGCCUCCUUAGCUCAAAGUAGCUCCUGCAGCUGGGCAACACUCUGCGACAACGGCCGGCCGACGAGUGGACAGCCGGGGAAGCAGCAGGCCGGUCCGGGCUGACUUUAAAUUCAGUCGUCGUACAAGCAGCUUUCGGCGGUGUCGGGACCCCUACUGCUGGACAAGGAGACGCGGAGUGUGGAGUUCAGCUUCAUGAAACGCAACAGGAGACCGAGAGAGGAAGAGGAUGGCGCAGAUUCAUCUUGAUUACAGCUAAAUAGGAAGAGGAAAACCAGACCCGAGUGUUGGAAAUAAGACAGAAAGCUUCCACCAGCUCGCCUCUUUCCGAAGGGAGGAGCAAAAAAACCAACAAAAAACACAGCCAUACGGGACCCGGAGUCCGACUGGCCAACAUGUCGAAGAUGCCGGCCAAGAAGAAGAGCUGCUUUCAGAUCACAAGCGUGACUCAGGCCCAGGUGGCGGCCGUGGGGGCCGCCGACGACACCGAGAGUCUAGACGACCCGGACGAGUCGCGAACUGAGGACAUGUCGUCGGAAAUAUACGACGUGUCGCGAGCCGAGUACGAGCCCGCGUGCGAGAGGAGUUCCUCCGACGAAGCUCUGAAUAACGUCGGAGAGGCGGAGGCGCCAGCAAACGCACCUCAGGCCACUCUGCCGCCUGGGCCAGGAGGUAACACAACCGAACUGAGGAAGGUUGUAGGCUCCGGUUCGGUUCAUGGCGGUCAGAACCAGCUGGGGAUUUCCCUGACACCUGGGCUACCCCUCAUGACUCCGUCUGGAGGGGUCCAGCAUCAGCCGCCUGCUACAGCCAGCCCCAGCGUGUCAGCCAGCACCUCCCAGCCUGCUGCAGGGUCCAGCUCUGCCACCUCCACGGUGAGCUGCUCAUCACGCUUCAGGGUCAUCAAACUGGAUCACGGUACGGGAGAACCGUUCCGGAGAGGCAGGUGGACGUGUACAGAGUUCUACGAGAAGGACUCGGGGACUGACAGCAUAAGGCACGGCAGUGUAACCCUGGACCCUGCUGCAGAGAGGGAUAGUGGGCUUGGACCUUCAGUGGGGUCCACAGUGUCCCCAGCUACUCAUUCUGGUCCUGGUUUGGGGUCCAUGGCGGAAGGGUUUCACUCUACGCUACCGCCGCAGGUUCUGCAUCAGAGCUACAGCAGCCAGCAGCAUGCAGGCAGUACUUCGGCCACACACACUUCCUUCUCCAGUGUGAAACCCAUAACCCUUCCUUCUCAGUCAUCCGUAGGGGGUCUUCAGGUUCAUGCUGCUCAGAGCGUGCUUCCCGUCGGACAGAACGGUCUGCCCCACUCUGAGGUCCACAUACAGAAGUCCCCAAUGAUGCCUCCUCCUUACGCGCCCCAGCAGCCGGUUCCCGGAGUCCACCCGAUUGCCAGCCAGUCAUCCGGACUGGCACAGCACCAGACGGAGCAUUACCCGCAGCCUCAGCCUGCAUCCAUACCUGCAGGACUUCCCGGGGGACAACAGGCUCUUCCGGUGUCGAGCCUCCCUGCUGCGACCGGCGGACACAUCCCGGCUUCUGGAGUGAGUCAGGCUGGAGAUGUCGGCGCAGCGGUGACGGGGGCUGUCUCUUCAGGACCACCAGCGCCUCAGACUGUAGGGUUUGGAGUCCCCGGGGGGCCCGUUUUGCUCCCGCUUCAGACUGCGAGUCAGUACGCCCCAGCCGUACAAGCUCAGCCCAUGGGCCAUCCCGUGGCUACCGGUGUGCAAAACGUGCCUGCAGUCGGAGGUGGUUCCAGUGCACCUGUGGGCGCUGCCGCCACUGUGCUCAGUGCCUCCAGUGCGACCAUACCAAAUGUGACGACUUCCAGCUUGCCUCCUGGUUUGAUAGCCUACACCAAGACUCCGGGGAUAUUGGGGGUGCAGGGCCUCCCUGCCACCGGGUUCGGACAGGUGGAGGCAAGCGGAAGGAAGUCAGAGGGAGCGGCCGUUGCACAGUCUCCGGUUGUGUCUGGGAGGGACACCGGGAAGCCCUUCAUGCCUGAGACCCUGCAGCUCUCCACUCCUACUGUCACAAGCCUGUUUGGAAUCCUACCUGUCGACGGGGAGGAGGACAGGAACCCCUCCACGGCUUUCUACCAGGCCUUCCAGUCUGGAAGCAGAUUAAGAGACUCAAAGGCUCACAGCGAUAGUGCCUCUGGAACCAACAUUGUUGCCAUUGAUAAUAAAAUUGAACAGGCAAUGGACCUGGUGAAAAGCCAUCUGAUGUAUGCAGUGCGUGAGGAGGUGGAGGUGCUAAAGGAGCAGAUCAAGGAGCUGUUUGAGAGGAACUCUGUGCUGGAGCGGGAGAAUGCCGUGCUCAAAUCUCUGGCUAACAGCGAGCAGCUGUCUCAGCUAACGGCCCCGGCCGCCGUCGCCCCUGCUCCCGCCACCGGCCCCACCCCCGGGUCCGCCUCCCCCCCCGGCCUCCAGCAGCUCCAUCCCAAACCCCAGCAGCUCCAGCCUCAGCAGCCCCAGACUCAGCUCGACGCUGGCCAACAACUGCAGCCCAACGUCACCUCCGCUUGAAGUGCGUCUGCCCUGCUUCGCACAGGGCAGAAACAAAGCAUCUCCUUGUACAACUUAAUAUAAUUAGUAUAUGUGAAAUUAAAAGAAACUGUCUUUAGCCACCAGCUUGACCACAAAGUACAGUGCUUCUGUGUGUGUGUGUGUGUGCGAGCGCGCGGCUCCUGUGUGUGUGUAGGUGUGUUAGCAAGUUAGCAAGCGAGACUGUGAACUGGUUUUGAAAUGUAUGCGCGUGUCUGUACUGUGGGCCUUUCCAGUGUUAAUGCAAUCAUCAAAGGGUGUGUGUGUUUGAGAGAGAGAGAGAGAGACGGAGGCUAACCGGAGGUGUGAGAGGGGCGCGUGGCAAGCAGGCUGGAGCGGCUUCAGAACCAAACCCAAACCGCACCGCCUGACGCGCUCAAAGGGGUUCACCGGUGAAAAAGAGACAGACAGGAAGUAGAAAAAAAGUGCUUAUUUUUUUAACCGAGACAGAGUCGGGAGGGGUUAGCUGCUCAAUGUCGAGAUCCAAGAACUGGGAGAGUCUUUAUUUUGUUUUUGUCGGAGCGCCAACACUGCUGCCGUCACCUCGCAUCAAGUCCAACUCUCGCAUCAGUCCUCCUGAGUUCUACUGUUAUUAGUGUUUAUUUAUUACAGGGCUGCUAUUUCCACAAAAUGAACAAUUCCACGAAACCUGUUAAAUAGUAGCCCGGUGACUCUUCUUCUUCUUCUUUUGUUUUACAGUGUUUUAACAGCUCAGCCUCUUCCCAGGCUGCCCUCUGUGAAGACAAAUAAAAUGUAGGCAAAAUAAAAUGAAAAUUCUGACAAAUGUUUAACACUAACUCAGAUAUCACGCUGCAAUUGCCAAUUCAUAGCUUGAGCUCGAUUGAAUGUACAUUUUUGUAUAGUAUAAAGUAUUAUUCGCCUUGAUGGGCGACAGCACCUGUCGACGUCAAAUGUUAAUAUAAGCCAGCAAAGGGGGGGAGGAGUUGAAGAAAACCCACUUAUUUGAUCUUAAAGUGAAUUUAAGAGUAUUACCAUGCCCCCCCUUCUUUACUUUCAGUUUUAGCUCCACUGGUUUUCCUGUGGGAAGCGGGGCCAACGGAGGGGAGGGAGGGGGAAGAAGCUGUGAAAUCAUCCAACAUGCAUCAACGUACGUCAACCAAAGAUUAAAAGCUGUGUAAAUCGAUUUCUUUUGAGAUGCACACGUGAUUUUUUUUUUUUGUUACUUCCUCCUACACAAAAAUAGUUUCGUUGCUGUUCAGCAUGUUCUGCAUGAUCUGUAACCUUCAAACCACUUUCUUACCUCAUUUUUAUUCAGCACUCUUGUAAGAUAGUCUGAACAGUGUAAAUGAUUUGGGGGGGGGGGGGGGGGGGGAGUUUCUGUUGCCGAGCAGCGAGUUGAAAAUAAAACCUAGUGUUGCCGACACUAGUCGCAGAUGAAAUGAAGUGAGCCAUGUUUUUGUUCAGUUCAAUGGUGUUUGAAUUUCAUAUGCCAAUAGUUUUGUUACUUUGCAAAAUUUUAUUGUAUUUAAAUAAAAGCAAUAUUCCGAUGCCAA